AUGACAGUGUCAGUUGCCUCUCCGGCACUUGUCACAUCCUCGUAUGUCCACAUCAUCCCCUCCAUACUAAAGAUAAAACUCCAAAACCCUUUUCUAUAUGUGCUUCCCAUCUAUAUCCCCACUGAUGUCUGGGUCAUGAGCAAUGUUGUCUUCUCUAUUUUGACUCCCUUGUUAAACCCCAUCAUUUGCACUUUCUGGAGCAAGGAAGUCAAAUCUGCAGUUAAAAAGUCUCUUUGUCUGAAAAUCUUUCCCCUUUCUAAAAUAUUUAUUUGA